UUGGAGACGGCAAGUUCACUUUCUCUUUCUGAGUGGAGGCUGUGAGUGUGCAGAGUGUUUCUGCUUGGCUGGAUCCACUUCUGCUUUCCACUGCCAGUCCGAACCACGGCUUUUUCGGCACAAGGCGUACGCCACUUCCAGGGCUGGGGUCUGUCCUCUGGCGUCACGACCCAAGACCCCCAACUGCCCUGUCCGGACAGCAAUGGCCGAAGGGGUGACCUACGCUGACCUGAGGUUCGUGAGGAACCCUCCCGGGAACAAGGCCCCAAAGGAAGGGAAUGGAGCCGAAGAAGAAGAACUCACCUAUGAGAACGUCCAGGGAUCAAGGUCGGGGGGGAAAGAGGAGACCCCAAGCACCCCCAAAAAGGACACAGAGUCCAAGCCGUGGGUCAAGGGUGCUGCCCUGGGGGCACUGACCACCUGCCUCGUUCUCUUGGCCGUCGCUGUAGGACUCGGGGUCCAAUACGGGCAGGUCUCUGGGCAGCUCCAGCGAGCAUUGCAAGCGCAUGCAGCCCACAGCAGUGCACAGGAAGGGAGCCUGGAGCAAAAGGAGGAUUGGCUGCAACAGGCCUUGGCCAAGCUCAACUUCACCCAGGAGGCCCUUCGGAAGAGCCAGGAGGCCACUGAAAAAAUCCAGGAGCAGCUACAGGUGACAGAAGAGGCGCUGAGGAAGGCCAACCACAGCCUGGAGGACCUCAAGCAGGAGAGGGACCAGAUGGAGACAGAGCUGCAGCAGGCCUGGGAGGAUCUGGCCUCCACCCAGGAGGCCCUUCGCAGGAGCCAGGAGGCCGCCGAAAAGACUCAGGAGGAUCUGCGGAUGGCCAAUCUCAACCUGCAUUCCCUGGAGCAAGAGAAGGACCAGGCAAAGGAAGAACUGAGACAGGCCAACUCCUGCCAGAACAUCGGCUGCUGCCCGUACGGCUGGACUCUCUUCCGCUGGAAAUGCCUCUGGGUGUCCCAAGAGAAGAAGUAUUGGCAGGAAAGCCGGGAAGACUGUGAAGCCAAGUCAUCCCAGCUGCUUAUGCCCAAAGAGCCCAGGAUCCUGCAGCAGAUCUGGGGUGCCCUGGGGAGGCCGAAUGACCGUGAUGGAUACUGGAUUGGACUUUCCAAAACUAACGAGAGGCAGAACACGGUUUUAGUGUGGGUCGAUGGGUCACGCUAUGAAGGAAGCGAGCAGCUCAUGCAAUAUGAGUCUAAAAAAUGCAUAAGAGUGAACCAGGGGCGACUGGAGGAGAGAUGGUGUAAAACUGAUUGUGGCUACAUCUGUGAGAGGGCAGCCAGCCCCACUACCCUACGGCAAGCCCCCCGCCCUCCUUUAGGCAGAAAGGCCUGAGAGGAGACACUCCAGCAAGAGCUACCCCCAUACACCCUCUGAAAUACAGGACCUCUACGCAGAAUGCUUUUUUAAAUCACCCCUCCCCCCACCGUCCAACGCCCACUCCACUUUGGGCCUCUUUUUGGGGAGAUAAAGCAGAGUCAAAAUGACAACAACAACAUCAAUGACAGCAACAACACCUAGAGCAGUGGUUCUCAACCUUCCUAAUGUCGUGACUCCUUAAUUCAGUUCCUCAUGUUGUCAAAAUUUGAAUACUGAAUACUGUAUACUGAAUAAAAGAUAUUUUUAGUUUUUAA